CCCGAGCCGGGAGAGAGAGGAAAACUCUGUUGCUCACUCAGUCUCCAAGUUUGAGAGAAAGUUACCACCUCUUCCCCAGACUCUGAACACGCACUGCAGGCAGAGACACACACACACACACCCACACACACACAAGCUCACACACAAGUUGUUCAGGACAGCAGAAAGCGUGAAACAGCCAGGACUGCUUGUAAAUGUGUUUGUGGAGGGAAAGAAGAUUUGCAGUUCGCCGGAGGAUCUCGGCGUGGACUGAACAACUUCGUCUGGGACGUUUUCCUCUCAUCACCUACCAGGUGGCCAAAUGAACUGUUUAGCCUGAAGACCAAAGAUCAUAGGGCCCCGAUUCAACGGCAAGGGAGAGAGUGAACGGACCGAGACCACUGCUGCCUCGCUUUGCAUUAUGAGUCGCAACUGAAGAAUUUCUUUAGGGUUCCGUUUUGUGGUUUGAAAAACUGAAGGCAAAAAAAAAAAUGGACGUUAAGAAAAAAGAAAUGGAUCUCCUUAGCAACAGCAUUGCAGCUUUUGCACACAUCAAAGCCAACCCGGAGAGCUUUGGGCUUUACUUUGUCCUCGGAGUGUGUUUCGGCCUGGUGUUGACCCUCUGCCUCUUGGUGAUCCGCAUAUCCUGUAAGCCGCGGACCAGGAUCGCUCCCCCCACGCCUGAAAAGAACCCCUUAAAAGACGUCAGCGUGGAAGACGAGGAAAGCGAUGAUGACGAGGAUGAGGAAGGGGAUGAAGGAGAGGCCUCUGUUCCAUUGCCCAUCACAGAAAUCCCUGUUGGGAAUCAUACCAGCCAGUCAGACGGCACUCUGAGUGUGAACGUUUUUACGUCAGCUGAGGAGCUGGAGCGCGCACAGAGGCUGGAGGAGAGAGAACGGAUCAUCCGGGAGAUCUGGAGGAAUGGCCAGCCUGACAUCCUGGGGACGGGAACAGGGACUAUUGGAAGAGUGCACUACUACUAAUGAACAGAACGCUUCCAGGAAACCUGAGUUUGUAAUGGAGUAAACAUAAAAACCUUUGGGCCUGGUGUCCUUUCAACUUGAGAGCUUCUUUUUUUAUCCAAAGUGACUUGUGGGACAUGAAAAUAUCAGUGCCAAAUUUGAGAUAUUUUGCUUUGACAAAGCUGAACUUUGAGAUAUUGCACUUCUUAUGUAGCAUUAUGCAUUACUGUCAACUGACUAUACGUAUUUGAACUAAAAGGUGUCUUACUGGCCUCUGUGGAAAUCAAGUGGAAUGAAUGGAGGAACUGAAGGAUUUGUGGAGGUGUCAAGCUGUAAAUAUACAAGAGGGAAUAUAGAUGUCGAACAUGUGAAUGUUUUCUCUCAGUUCAUGUAUUCCUAAAGAGCCCAUUGAUAUUAAAUUCACACCAGAUGUCAGGAACAACACAACAUAAAAUGAAAUUCAAACUAAUUAGUCCAUAAAUUCCUCUUUCACAUACUGUGAUCCUCUGUUUUUCAAUGGAUUUUCAAUGGAUUUUAAUUGGGUUCAAGUGAAGUUCCACUUGCCCAAACAUGAUGUUUGGACAAUCAAAGUGUUAUGUUUUGGUCUCAUGUGGCCAGAUCCUUUUCUCCCAAGGUUUCAUUGUGUUUUACAAAAGAUCCACAGCAAAUUUUAAACGAGCUUCAGCAUUUUUUUUUUGUCUUUUUUAUAAUGGAGCCUAGCGCACUUAGUCUGCAUGAAAGUCAUGACUGUUGAGUGCAUUAUUUGUAGGUUUCAUGUGAAAUUUGUACUUGCUAAUUGCUGGAGUUUCUGAAGUUCUCCGUUAGUGGUAAUUUGCUCUUGUACAACUCUCCUGAAUAUUUCAGUGACACAUCUGGCAUUAACCUUCCAAGGACCACUUGGUAAUGUAUGACUUACACUAAAAUUACUCCACUGUGGAACAUUAAAAAGUUUAUAAAUAUAUCUGCAACCAAUAGCAUCAGUUUGUUGGGCAACAAUUGGGUUGCAAAAGUCUUGAGAGAGCUCUUUGCCCUUAUCCAUCACGGCAUCCUUGGUAAUGAGAAACAUUUUUUUUUAAUCAACUACACCAGCAGGAUAUUAACUGGCACUGUUAGAAAGCACUGUUUUUUCUCAAUGCUUGCUGAUUUCACUGGUUUCCUGGCUCCCUGUGGCUCUGUGCAGCUUCUUUUCCUACUUUUCAAAGUUAAUUUCCCAUUUCAUUCCAUUUUAUUACACAUAACUUAAUUUGUGGGCUUAUUUGUUUGGCUUUGCUUUUGUAUGUGAAUUACUUGGGUGGCUAAUGACAUCUGGUGUCAAUUCAAUGGCAUGCUAAAAGGACCCUUAGAAACACUUACUGAGAAAAAUGUUAACAUGAUCAAUACUUAUUUUCCCACUGUAUUUGGUGCUUAAUGUUAAAACAGCAGGUUUGCAUAUAUUAAGCAAAACAAUGCAACAAUAAAAUAUUUAAAGAUUUUCUCUCCUAAGCUGUUGUUUUUGAUAUAUUUAAAACAUAUUUAGUAAUUGAGAGGCAAUUUUAAAUAACAAAAUAAGUGAAAACAUGUGACUUUGACCCACAAACCCAGCUGAAUAAAACAGCAAGACACAAAAAUUCAAUCUGCCUUGUAUCAAGGUUUCAGGCUGCUGGUGCAACUAUGGGCCCCAACUGAGCACUGUUUUCAUACCACAGCUUGCUUGAGUAUUGUGCCGACCAUUUCCAUACCUAUAUGACCACAGCAACUUAUCCUCUGAUGAUUACCUCCAGCAGGAUGAUGCACCAUGUCACAAAUCUCAACUGGUUUCAUAUGACAAGAAGUUCACAUCGUAAACCAAGGGAGCACCUUUAAGACGUGGCAGAAGAUUUGCACCAGCCUACAAAUCUGCAGUAACUUAAUGCUUUGAUGCUAAUUGUACAAAUCUCUGAUGAUUGGUUAUAACACCUUGCUGAAUGCUGACGGGUUUCAACCUAGGACCGAUGAGGUGUUGUACCCCAAAGUGGUUCAUGUGUGUAGAUAGUUGUAAUGACUUUAUUCCACCUUGAAGGAUCAAUUCAGAUUUUUGAAGUUGGGUUCUGUUGAAGGAUCACGACCAGUCAAUAUCUUACCCUGUAAAACUAGAGCCACGUCGAGACAAAAGCAAACCCUUCCAACGUCACAUUCGCAUAAGACUGCUGCUCAUAUAAAAGUCUAUAACUAGUCAUAAGAAGAAACAUGGUAGUUCAUGGGCAGCAAUAAUUCCUAAUAUAAAAUAGUUCUUGAAAAAUAAAACAUGUAAAGCACAGACUUUCAGAGUAACUGAUGAAAAGCUAAAACACUGUAAAAAUCAGCAAUCCCUUGAACUGAUAAAAUAUUUUAUCAGUUCCCAUAAAACACAAGAGAUCAAAGACAUCUAUACUGCCAAUAUAAAGUUCAAAUUUAAAGGUCUAUUUGUGAAACACAAGUUUAAAAGCAUUCUUUCUUAGGUCGUGUGUUGCUUUUGUGAGAUGCAUGAAUGUCACUUGAACAACACAAAGCAGAACGCCUUUCAUUCUCCUGUCACUGUUUGUAAUUGAGCCACAGCAGUUCUUCACCUUGGGGGGGUAGAAGCUGUUUAAUUAAAACACCUUAUGGAGUUAAUGUGUGAGACUUUCUUAGAUGAUUGUAAGCUGUCAGAAGUGCUUGAUAGAGGUUGGUCCAGAUGUGCACCUAGAUAAGAUGUAGAUAAGAAUUACAAGUGAUUAAUGACUUCUGGGAGACAGUAGUUUUAUGUUUAAUUUGUAUUAUUUUGUCAUUGUCUUUGAAUCAUAUAUAAAAACCUUGUUUCACAGUUUUGUUUUGUUUUAUUGUUGUUUUUUUUUUUUUUUUUUACAGAGAUCGAAUGGGUCCUUUUGGUAUAUUAUUAUACAUAUGCCUGCUGCCAAGGCAUGAAACAGCAUGACGUCAGUGGCACAAGUAUAUUCUGGUUUUGUGUUAAACAGUCCAAAGUUGUUGUUUUUUUUUUUGUUUAAAAGAGAGAGAGAGAUUUUUUUGGGCAUAGUUGCUCUCCAACAAUCAGAUUAAAACAGUGCUGAUCAGGUUGGUUUAUGUUGAGUUUAUGGGGGUUUCUUAUAAUGUUUGACUGCUCACUCUGCUGUCUGUUUAGCUCAGCAUGCCUUUGUCUACUCUUCUGUUGCUGCCGCCAAUAAACGAUUUUAACUCUUA